CUGACCGACAUGAAAAAACAGAUCGAGUAUCUCCUAGCCAAAGGACUCAUCCGACCAUCCACUUCGCCAUACGGUGCCCAAUACUCUUCACACCGAAACCGGACGGAAGCCUGCGCAUGUGCAUCGACUACCGAGCUCUCAACAAGCAGACCAUCAAGAACAAAUACCGAUACCACGAAUCGAUGACCUGCUUGACCAGCUUCGGGGAGCUACGGUAUUUUCCAAACUGGAUCUGCGGUCCGGAUACUGGCAGAUACGGAUGGCGGACAACUCUAUCCACAAAAUUGCUUUCCGAACUCGGUAUGGAUCGUACGAUAUUUGGUAAUGCCGUUCGGACUCACCAACGCACCGGCAACAUUCCAAGCCGAAAUGAACCACAUUCUACGACCACUUUUGGACGAGUGCGUGUUCGCCCUCGAGAAGGUCCACUUCCUAGGACACAUAGUGAGCGCUCAAGGAGUUCACGUGACCCCAAGAAAGUUGAAGCCGUACGUACGUGGAAGACACCCGAGAACGUGAAGGAGUUGCAGCAGUUCCUAGGCUUCGCUAAUUACUAUAACAGGUUCGUGCCACAGUAUGCGAAACUCGCAGCACCACUCACGGAUCUGCUGAAGAAGAACACGCCCUACAAAUGGGAGCCACAGCACCAGGAAGCCGUGGAGCAGCUGAAACAAGCACUCACGUCCGCACUGGUACUCGUCUUGCAAGAUCCCGAACGCGACUACGUAAUCGAAGCUGACGCCAGUGACCAGGCAGUGGGAGCAGUCUUGAUGCAAGACCAAGGAAGUGGACUGCAACCAAUCGCCUACCUCAGUAAGAAACUACACGGGGCAGAACUAAACUACCCGAUACACGACAAAGAGGCCCUUGCCAUCGUCAUAGCCUUCAAAGCGUGGAGAUGUUAUCUCGAAGGACGACGAACAACCGUCUACACUGACCACUGCAGCCAGAAAUAUUUGAAGACACAACCCAUCCUUUCCAGGCGACAGGUCCGGUGGAUCGACUUCCUCAAGACACACUUCCAUUAUGACAUCGUGUACAAGCCCGGCCACAAAAACAAUGCAGACACCCUCAGCCGGCCUGCGCACGUUGCCGCUAUUCAGAUCGAAGAGAUGAAUCCACUCCUCAAGGGACUCUUCACACACGGCCAUGGCAAGUGGUUAGCCUGGACUUCAUUACCGGGUUACCACCUACCACCAGCGGUCAUGACGCAAUCCUUUUCGUCAUCGACAAGUUCUCCAAAAUGGGACACUUCAUCCCGACACACACAACAGCGCGCACCGAGGAGACAGCACAACUCUUCGUUCGUCACAUCAUCUCUCAGCAUGGCAUUCCAACCACUCAUCUCCGACCGAGACCCCAAAUUCACCAACAAGUUCUGGAAGGAACUUAUGUCUCUACUCGGGACCAAAAUUGCCAUGUCAUCCGCCUACCAUACGCAGACAGACGGACAGACCAAGCGCCUCAACCAAAUUGUUGAGCAACUCCUCCGAGCAGCCUGCAAGGACGAGAUCUCCAAAUGGGACCUGCACCUGCCCGUUCUAGAGUUUGCUUACAACAACGCUACACAUGCCGCUACUGGACAGACGCCGUUCUUCCUCUACUACGGACGCCACCCACUCACACCACAGAAACCGACCAUAUCCGCUACAGUCCAACCUGCACAUGAUUUCAUCACAACCAUGCAUCAGCUUUGGGAUCGGACCCACAAGUGCCUCCUCGACAUUCAGCAGCAACAAAAGCGCCAGGCCGAUCGCCAUCGCAACGACCACACCAUCACGAUCGUGGAGGAACCGGGUUCGAAGCCGACCUUCCGAGCACCAUAUCGGCUCAGCCCUACGGAGCUGACCGACAUGAAAAAACAGAUCGAGUAUCUCCUAGCCAAAGGACUCAUCCGACCAUCCACUUCGCCAUACGGUGCCCCAGUACUCUUCACACCGAAACCGGACGGAAGCCUGCGCAUGUGCAUCGACUACCGAGCUCUUAACAAGCAGACCAUCAAGAAUAAAAUCCGAUACCACGAAUCGAUGACCUGCUUGACCAGCUUCGGGGAGCUACGGUAUUUUCCAAACUGGAUCUGCGGUCCGGAUACUGGCAGAUACGGAUGGCGGACAACUCUAUCCACAAAACUGCUUUCCGAACUCGGUACGGAUCGUACGAGUAUUUGAGCAGCAAGCAGAAAAAGGCGGGACUUUCCUGUCCCAGAACAGCCAUGGCAAGUGGUUAGCCUGGACUUCAUCACCGGGUUACCACCUACCACCAGCGGUCAUGACGCAAUCCUUGUCGUCAUCGACAAGUUCUCCAAAAUGGGACACUUCAUCCCGACACACACGACAGCGCGCACCGAGGAGACAGCACAACUCUUCGUUCGUCACAUCAUCUCACAGCAUGGCAUUCCAACCACACUCAUCUCCGACCGAGACCCAAGUUCACCAGCAAGUUCUGGAAGGAACUUAUGUCUCUACUCGGGACCAAACUCGCCAUGUCAUCCGCCUACCAUCCGCAGACAGACGGACAGACCGAGCGCCUCAACCAAAUUGUUGAGCAACUCCUCCGAGCAGCCUGCAAGGACGAGAUCUCCAAAUGGGACCUGCACCUGCCCCGCACGAAACGGAGGGGGGAAGGGGGGGGGGGGGGGGGGGGGGGGGGGGGGGGGGGGGGGGGGGGGGGGGGGAGGGGAGACUACGGAGCGCAAAAUUGGAGAGCAGAGCUAGGGGGGUAGAAGGGGUUUCAGGAAUUUUGGGAUGCAGACCUGACUGGCAUUCCUGGGCGCCUCGGCGCGAGUGGCGGUCGCUCAGGAGCAUUGCGAGCAAGGCAGGCGACUCGCGCACCGAGCCUCGGAGGAACGUGUUGGGGUCAGCUCGGCAGCAGAGAGGGCUUCGCUUCGGUGAGAACCGUCGAUCGGCUUGAACGCGUCGACCCGUCACCAGCGUGCGCGGCCGCAGCGGUGCUUCCCUCCCGAGAGCCGUGCGAUCGUCGCGUACCUCCACGUCACGCGUCGCUCGUUGCCUCGCGAGUUGACGCCGUCGCCUCCGCUCGCGCGCCAUCCAUCUGCUGCCGGCGAUCGUGCCUCAGGAGCAACGCACGUGCCUCGUUGUACCCGACCUUGGAGCAAGCCAGCCUUGGAGCAAGCCAGCCUUGGAGCAAGCCAGCCUUGGAGCAAGCCAGCCUUGGAGCAAGCCAGCCUUGGAGCAAGCCAGCCUUGGAGCAAGCCAGCCUUGGAGCAAGCCAGCCUUGGAGCAAGCCAGCCUUGGAGCAAGCCAGCCUUGGAGCAAGCCAGCCUUGGAGCAAGCCGGCCUUGGAGCAAGCCAGCCUUGGAGCAAGCCAGCCUUGGAGCAAGCCAGCCUAGGAGAGAGCCAGCCUUGGAGCAAGCCGUCCUUGGAGCAAGCCAGCCUUGGAGCAAGCCAGCCUUGGAGCAAGCCAGCUUGGAGCAAGCCGGCCUUGGAGCAAGCCGGCCUUGGAGCAAGCCGGCCUUGGAGCAAGCUGGCCUUGGAGCAACGGGUGCAGCAGAAAGGGACUUGGUUUGGCGAUGGGGCGGGAGGAUGGCGCGCGGAAGGAGUGCGACGACAGGGAAGAACGAGCGAACCAACUCAGUCGGCCCAGUAGUGAUGCCGGAGCUGAGCCCUUUAACGGGGAUGGCUCUCAGCGGCGUGGCAGCAAGCGG